CCUAGUCCUCACUCCCCUCACCAUCUUGUCCGGACCGUUACUUCCGGUGAAGCUGCUCCCAAAGCCAUCUUGAUGCUUCCAAAAUGCUCCCCGAAAUCCCCUUGUUCUCCCCACUUCAGCUCCCCUAUUUCCUCCCCUAACAAAACCAAAACCCCCCAACUGAAUUCAAUCGAACGCAAAAACUUCUUCAACUCCCUCCAUUUGCAGCCUUAUUUCUUCUUACCCAACCAUAAUCGCUUAUGGCUGCUCUUAUUCAUCAUCUCACUCCAGAUAAUCAUCCUCCUCAUGGCUCGCGCUGUUCCUCUCACCCAUCGCCGAACCCACUUCCCUUCCCCCUUUUCCGCCAGUCAUUACCUCCUCCAAAAAUCGGCUAACAUUUCAUCAACCUUUUUCUCUUCCUCCCACCACCUAAAAUCCGCCAACAUUUCGGUUUCCCCCACUGUUUCACCAUCUGACCAGUGUUCGUCCGGUCGUAUAUUUGUCUACAACUUGCCGGCUGUUUUCAACGAAGAGUUGUUAGAUAAUUGCGCUGAGUUGGACCCAUGGCAUUCACGUUGCCAAGCUUUAUCAAACGAUGGAUUCGGAAGAAAAGCCACGGGAUUAUCCGGCGUCGUACCGAAGGAUUUGAUCCCAGCAUGGUACUGGACCGACCAGUUCGCCAUGGAAAUUAUUUACCACAACCGUAUUUUAAACCACAAGUGUCGUACGAUGGAGCCGGAUUCCGCGACGGCGUUUUACAUCCCGUUUUACGCGGGACUCGCCGUUGGAAAAUACUUAUGGUUUAAUUAUAGUUCAAAAGAUCGUGAUAGUUACUGCGAUAUGAUAUUGAAGUGGGUGCAGGAUCAACCAUACUGGAACAGUUCCGACGGCUGGAAUCAUUUCAUGACGAUGGGGCGGAUCACAUGGGAUUUCCGGCGGUCCAAAAACGAAGACUGGGGCUCCGGAUGUAUCUACAUGCCAGGUAUGAGAAACAUCACGCGUCUAUUGAUCGAACGAAACGCCUGGGACUAUUUCGACGUCGGUGUGCCCUACCCCACCGGAUUCCACCCCAGAUCAGACUCCGAUGUGCUGCAAUGGCAGGACUUCGUCCGUAACCGUGACCGCAAAACCCUCUUCUGCUUUGCCGGAGCGCCACGUGGCACCGUCAAGGACGAUUUUAGAGGCUUGCUAUUGAGCCAUUGCAAGAACGCGUCGGGGUUAUGCCGGGCCGUGGACUGUGCUGGUUCCCGCUGCUCCAACGGCACUUCGGCGAUCCUCGAGACAUUUUUAGAUUCUGAUUUUUGCUUGCAGCCGAGAGGCGAUAGUUUCACCCGCAGGUCCAUUUUCGACUGCAUGGUGGCCGGUUCGAUCCCCGUUUUUUUCUGGCAUCGAACGGCAUAUCUUCAGUACCAAUGGUUUUUACCAAGUAAUCCUAAGAGUUACUCUGUUUUUAUCCACCGCAACGAGGUGAAAAACGGAACAUCUAUUAAAAGCGUGCUUGAAAGUUACAGUAAAGAAGAGGUGAGGACGAUGAGGGAGAAAGUGAUUGAAUAUAUUCCCAAGUUAGUUUAUGCAAAACCUGAAAAGGGUUUGGAGAGUAUGAAGGAUGCAUUUGAUGUUGCUAUUGAUGGUGUGUUGAAGAGAAUUAAGGAGCAACAGCAGCCUGGGUACAAGUGGAAAUAA